AUGGUCCCCAAAAAGAGAAAGACACAGGAACCAGAAGCGGUUGAAGAAGUAGUUGGCCCACAACGAAAAUACGCUGCUGGAAAGCAGCCACGCCUGGAAGAGCAACUACCGCACGUUGAUUAUCAUGUUCCAUUAGACCCUGAGAGCGAGCUGUUCGCACAGGACGACUGGUUUAUACCCAAGUUCAAUCUGUUUAUUUCGUUCACUCUCGAUAACUUGGUAGAGAGCUACAAAGACAUGUUUAAAGAUUUUAUCAAGCUCCCCAGUAGAAAGUUCCAUCCUGGAUAUUUCUACAAAAUCGAUCAACCGAUCUCGGUUAAUGAGAUAAAGUCAAGGGACUACGAAUAUCUCAAUGGCCACAGAACAUUUCUUUUGGAUGUGGAGCUGAUUCGCAAGAACUGUUUCUCAUAUAAUGAUCCUGAAAGUCUAAUAGCCAAAAAUUCUAUGCAAGUUGUGAACUACGUCAAAUACGAAGUAUUGAAGGCCAAAAAUGUGACACGUAAUUAUUUGAUUAACAAAGAGGUAAAGAAGUUUCUCACAGAUCUGUUGAACAAAGUGCUGAAUGCCACCGACAGAUCAAUUGCAGAACUCAUGGGAAAACCUGCGGAAGGGUUGGAUGACACAAUGCAUAUUUGCGAGCCGUUCAUGGAGCUGGUGCUUCAAGAUGAGCUUCCUGAAUAUUAUGAAGUAAUCCAUCGCCCAAGUGCCCUGAAACUGGUAAAAAGUAACCUGGAGAUGGACUAUUACACCAAAAUUUACGACUUUUACAUUGAUAUGGAAAUAGUCUUCGAAAAUGCUCUGGUUUUCAAUGAACCGGAAACGCUUAUCUACCAAGAUGCCGAAAAAUUACUGCGGUUUUUCCGAAAAUUAAUGCGGGAGAAGUUCUUUGUUGAUUUAAAGGAAUACAGUGAGCGUGGGGAAGCUAAAUUAGAAUACGAUAAAAUUGAGUACGAACAGUACUUAGCUAAUGGUGGAGAUGAAGAAACCGCAGAGGCGGAGGAUGACGAACCUGAGCUAGAGGACUACGACUUCAAUCACUACGAAGGUCUAGGAAAUGGCUACAAUAGAACUCUCUUUUCGGGAGACUACUUGUUGGGACCGAAUAGAUCAAAAAGUGGCGAAUUGAGCACAAAAAGGAUAAUAUUGGAGCCAGCGGAAGAACUACCUGAAGAAUCGAAGUAUAAUCUUUUCAAAUCCCUUGGUUCUGAUGCUGACAUUAAGCUCGAGGAUUCGAGCCCGUACACGCUCAUUCAAGAGCUGACGGUCUCAUCUUCAAGGUCAUAUUACAAACAAGAAUCUAAACCUGCCCAAGGGGCGCUUCCCUCUUUAACUCAGAAAUGGGUCGAAUAUGUUUUGAAAGGGGAGAAUAUGACCCAGAAAGAAAACAUGUACUCAUUGACCUUGCCUCCCGUACAAACAUCGGUGACCAUUACGACUCUUGUGGACUAUCCUACGGACUCCAACUACCAAUCCGUUCUUUCCGUCAACAAAGAAAAAACGAGCCCUAGCGUUUCUACCGAUGAGUCCCCGGUGCAGGAGCGUUAUGAGGUUCGUCUAACGGAGGGCAACAACUAUAUAGAAUUUACAUGCCAAGACCUCGAUAGCGAGAAGUCCGAAGUUUUGAGGCUCUGGAUUGUGGUAUUGCCUUGA